GACGCAAAACAAGCGAGCCGAAAAACAUCUUCAAACCAAUGAGCGAAAACAUGGGGGCAGAAAAAUAAUCCGAGGAUACUUUUCCCGUCAAAUCAACUGUCUGGGCUUAUGGAAGAAUGGAAAUGUCCUGAAGAAAUGCGGUCUGUACUUAGUUGCUGAGCUGCUUAAUUUUACCUAGGCUGAUGUUUUGAUCGGACCGAAACUGUUCAAGAAGUGAAGCCGCUGAAAUAUACGCGGGGCCGAAGCUCAAGUGGAGCGAGUUUGAAACUGUUAUCUCCGGGAUCGGCCGCGCUGACCGCCGCUCCGCCAACGCGACGCAAUGAGGUUCCAGUUUUGCGGCGAGCUGGACUGUCCGGACUGGGUACUGGCCGGUAUCAACCUGCUCUCCAGAAUGAGUUCCCUGAAGCUGAGGACGAUGUGCUCCUUAGUGAUGAAGAGUCUUCUCGGUGAAGAGCUUGAUAUGGGCAAGGUCCAGAAGGUUUCGACGGAUGCUAAGCUGACGGAGCAGGAGCAGCGGGCAGCCGUGGCCGUGCUCCAGUAUAUUCUGGAGUCGGCCGUCCGCCACUCGGUGGCUACCGACCAACUGGAGCAGGAGCUGCAGCAGCUCGGCCUGCCGCGCGAGCACACCGCCAGCCUGGGGCGCGUGCUCGACCAGCAGCGCCACCCUCUGCGGCGCACACUGCUGGAGCGCACCGUCAAAGAGCCGGGCUUCAGUGAGGUGCAGUGGGAGGUGGCCACUGUUCGCGACUCGUCCGACCCAGACAGCUGGGCUGCCCAGCUCAGCCUGACGGUGCAGCUGAGCAGCUGCCAGCAGCAGCAGCAGCAGCGGCAGCGGCUGCAGCUGCUGUUCAGCCCGGAGACGGCCGCCGUCUGCCACAGAGAGCUCCUGCUGGCCCGGCGCCGAAUGGAGGACGUUUCAUGAGGUGAUCUAGUUAUAACCGCUGCCGCUGCGGUCGCCGAUCGUAGUGGGUCCCGCGAAGGCUCCGGUGGCAUGGCAACUACUUUUUCAAAGCUGACGUGCAUCCCGGACUGAGACCCGUGGCUGGCUACGGCAAUGGCAGCGAACAUUGGCCCGUCGCUCUAUUAUCCUAAUGCUGUAGUGAAAGAUCGUUGGUAGCACGACCCUCAAAAAUAGCAUCGUGGCUGGCGUGCAUUUCUGUGAUACAAGUCGCACUGGAGAGGCAGGGGAAAUGUUCUAGUGUACUCGGUUCUCUGUUUUUUUUUUCUUUUGUAAGAGAACCUAAGGUCCUUGUUACUGUGGGCGCCACUUAGUGCAUACCUGGAACACCUGGCUUAGAAAUAUCUUCGGGACCAAUAGUCGUUUAUCGUUGGCAAUCAAAAGUCCCAUGUGCGCUUGGUCGAAAGUUACUCCUUUCAUCAUGUGAUAAGUGACGUUAUUUUGUUAUCCGUGGUUGGACGUGGUUUUGAUACGUGCUUUGGUGUAUGUGUAGUGGGCUUAGCAUCCUCUCGAGACCGUACGAAGUAAAUUUAGACCAGUUGGUGACGUCAUGCUACUUGUAUGCGCGUGUGUGUGCACUGGUUGCCAACGUAGGCAGUAGGCUUUUUAGGUUCGGGAUGGGUCCCAAUGUUCUCUAUACGUAUUGUUCACGAGUUAAUCAUCUUUAAACUGUAGGCUGUCCCAAUGCGAUGCAUCCUUAGUUACGCACUAGAGAACGACGGCUGGUGCUGUUACAAUCAGAAACUCUCGAAUUGUUUUUGAUUAUCAGUCUUAUUGAAUCCCAUAUAUCGCCUAUAAUAUAUGAAUCGCUUAUAG